CUCUCGCGCAGCCAUCCAACCCUUCCCGUUCCUCUAGCACACUGCACAGAUGCUCCAGCCAAUUUGACAGUCGGUCUGAUAUCAUCUCUGAGGAACUGAGCGGUUGGAGGACCGGAGAAAAUAAACACCCGGUUUGCGUCCAUAUGAGGAGCCACUGACCGUGGGAACGAUGAUAAUCACGAAUCCUUCCCCGGACAGCAGGAAUUAAAACCUGCAGUCCCACUGCUCAACCCUUCCCUUUUAUUUCCACAUUUUAGUAGAGAUACGAACCUAGCGACAUUUUUGUACCAUCUCCCUUGUUGUAGCCUAUUUUAAACGCGUACAUUGAGCUGACAGUGUCUUGGGACGAUGUGGAAAACCGGUCUUCUUCUCCUCUUUUGGGGACUAUUAACGUCUGGUGAACUCCAGCAAGAAGAAACGGAGCCAGAGCGCCGAAGUCUACCACCGUCGGGAAAGUUGGAUUUUGGUUAUGUGCCUCAGGGAGUUUACCAAACCCUCGCCUAUUACGAACCUGGAGUAAUAGGGUUACUGUUCCACAUGGUGCACGCUUUUCUAUACGUCGUGCAGCCCAACCCGUUCCCGGAAGAUCUCGUCAUCAAAGUCGCCAAGGAUAAAUUUGGAGCCAUUCAGUCGGAGUAUCAGAAGCCAGAGAACAUUGUUCUGACGCUCCAGGCCAUCUACUACGAGACAGGUUUCGUGGUGUGCGCCGUGCUCGGCCUGCUCUUCGCGGUCCUGCUGCCUCUGGUCGGCCUCUUCUUCUGCCUGUGCCGCUGCUGCGACAACUGUGGCGGCGAGAUGCACCAGCGCCAGCGGAAGAACGCAGACUGCCAACGGGGCUUGCUCACCACACUGCUCUUCGCCACCUCGCUCGUCAUCACGGCUGGAGUACUGUGUGCUUAUGCAGCUAACCAGAACCUGAGCUCUCAGCUCAAAGGCAUGAGGAGAUUGGUCAGUAGCAACCUGAGGGACCUGCAGAGUUUUACCAACGAGACGCCAACGCAAAUUGAUUACCUAAUAGCACAAUACGCCACUGCCAAGAACAAAGUCAUUUCUGACUUAGAUAAUGUGGGUCCUCUGCUUGGAGGGAAGAUUCAUGAGGAAUUGGGUAAAGAGGUCUGUCCUGCAAUGGACGGAGCGUUCAGUAUGGCUGGUGUCAAAGUGGAGAGGGCCAUUAAAGCCAUGCGGGAGACCAAAGACGCCCUGGAGAACGUGAGUAUGUCUCUGGAGGUUCUCCAGGAGGCGACAGGGAAGCUCCACUUCAACCUGAGCCUGGUGCGCUUCAGCCUCAAUAGAACCCUCAACGACCCGGGCUGCAGCGACGAGGACUCGGACGCCACCACCGCCCAGCUCUGCCGCUCCAUCCGCAGCUCCCUGGCACAGCUCCACGUCAGCGCCAACUUCACCCGGUUACCUGAUGUGAACAAUCAGCUGGAAAGUGUGAAUCAAUUGAUGAAAACGGACCUCAGCAAUAUCAUUCAAAAGGGCUACUCCUCAUUUAAUGACACUCCAGGCAUGGUGAGUGACCAGAUGAGGAACGUAGUCGAGGGAGCCCGGGGCAUGUUGGACAUCAUCGGCACCAACAUCAGCAGCUUCUCCAAGGUGUUCCCUGUACACAGCACUAUGGCCAACUUCACCAACUUCAUUAGUCACACACACUCCAAGAUAGAAGACUCCUACCCCGAGAUCGACCAGAUAGACUUCUACAGGUGGAUUUGCUGUAUUGGCCUGUGCUGCAUGGUGGUUCUCAUCCUUGCUUUCAACUUCCUGGCCAUACUGUGUGGCACCAUAGGAUAUGACAAGCACGCCUCCCCCACCACACGGGGCUGUGUCUCCAACACCGGCGGCACCCUGCUCAUGGCCGGUGUGGGCUUCAGCUUCCUCUUCUCCUGGAUACUGAUGGGAGUGGUGACCGCCACCUUUCUGGUCGGGGGCAACGUGGAGAAGCUGGUCUGCGAGCCCUUCCACACCAAGCAGCUCUUCAAGGUUUUGGACACUCCUCACCUGGUGAACCCUGAGUGGAGGAACUUCAUCCCAGGGUACAUGUACAACGACUCAGACCUGGAUCUCACAGUGGAGAGUCUCUACAGUAAUUGCAAGGAGAACAGAGGCAUUUACUCUGCCAUGCGCCUGGACAAAGUCUUCAAUGUCACAACCUUCCUAAACUCUAGCCUGUACACCAAGGAGGUGGGGAAGAUGUUUAACGAUGUGAAGAUUGACCUGAGAGUUAUCGUCCUGCUGGAGUCUGAGGGGAAGCAGAACCUCAUUGGCUUCUCUGAGACGGGGGUCGACAGGAUCAACUACGCAGCCUAUCUAGAGGAGGUUAACAAAGGGGUGACUCAGGUGGACCUACUGUCGUAUGCCAAUGAGCUCGAGGCACAAACAGACCUUAUGCCCAAGGGGCCCCUCCAGACCUCUCUAAAGGGCCACGCCAACAGUCUCCGGCAGAUCCACAGUCAGCAGGUCAUCCCUAUGGAGCAGGCCAUGAAAUAUGUUAGAGCGAGGAGUAUGCUGAACCAGAGCAUCAGACUACUGGAGAGGACGGCCUCAGACCUGCCGAACAAAGUCGCCGAUGUACUGGCGACCAUCGAAGCAGCACAGUAUCUCAUCUCCCAGAAUGCAACACAAGUCGUCAACCAGGAAACGGAAAAGUACAAGCGAACCAUUGUUGGUUAUUUCAGGCAAUACAUAGAGUGGGUCAGGACUUCUCUGACCAUGGAGGUAGCGGCCUGCAAACCCUUCAGCAACAUCGUGGACACAGUGGAGAUCGUAGCCUGCAGCUUCUUGGUUGACUCGCUGAACACAUUCUGGUUUGGCCUAGGCUGCUGUGCCCUAUUCCUCCUUCCUAGCAUCAUCCUGUCAGUAAAACUGGCAAAGUUCUACCGUAGAAUGGACACGGAGGAUGUUUACGAUGACAUUGAGACAGUUCCCAUGAAAACAAUUGGGCAAACUGCUGUGAAUGUACACGUGAUCAUUUUGCUCAGAGAGAGGCAAAAAGAGAGCAUCCUUGCCUAUGACACUAUGACUAGGUUCCCACGGGCCUCAGCUCCCCCCAGGCAUAUUGACUGGUGAGAGAGGCCCAGGCUUUUUGACCGACUCCAGAAAGUGCCAUCGGAAACUGGAACUGAAGCACUAGAUUGACACCAUCAAUUUCCCACCCCUUGGACAAGACAAAGCUCCAAAAAGAGGUCCUUACCUGAUGUAUUUUGUGUGUGUUCAGCUGGUCCUCUCUUCCUCUGUCUGCACGGAUCAUUUUACUGACAAGAUCUUAAUGACCAGUCACAGCCUGUUCUGGAUAUCUGCUGUCCAAUAGGACCCCCCCCCUCAGACACUACAGAAGGUGCUGUCAUCAACCCUUUCUUUGAUCUUCCCCGGGGAAACUCUUCGGAAGCCAUACAUCUGAGCCAGUGUCGGUCGACCUUCAUCCUUCACCUCAGCUGUCUAAUGUGUUUACAUUAGUCUGGCCACAAUAUCAGAGCCGAGGCUGAGUUCAAAUUGAGGACACAGCAACAGUUACAUGGCUCUGUAGUCUCAAACCGUUUGUACGUCUUUCGCGUUGUCUAAACGGUGACUGAAAAGAUCUUUUGAAAUGUCAUGUAGAGCUGGUACUAAAACAUUGCCAUUACUGCUCAUAUUUGAGGGGUCUUUUGCAAUGAUGUUUUACGAACUGACGAGGAGAGCCCGUUCGAGACGUAUCGCGUGAAGCAAACAGGGUUGAGGCAAACUACAGACGGUUGCCUUUCAGAACAGUUUUACCGUAGCAUUUUGACUGGUGUCCACCAUCUUGUUAUGAGGAUAUGAGGAAAUACUGUAUCUCAUAUCAGUGUAUAACAGGUGGAAUGUCACAUGAACCUGGACAGAAAUGUCAAGAGACCAUAACAUUCCUUAGUUGAUUAAUUGAUUAACAGUAAAUGCAAAGUAUCAUGUUGCGUAUACUAACACGGCACGUUAAUAGAGAUAUUUUCGGGGCUAUUGUAGUGGUCAAACUUUCAAUUGGAGAACUGCUAUUUGAAGCCAACUCCUAUUUUUACUGUAGGUCUCAGGUCUUUAGUUGUAUAACAGUUAUGCAUAAUAUAUUGUUUCAAUUUGUUUUUAAACCCCACAGUAGCUUUUGGUACCUAUGGAACUAUGGAAGGGUGAAUGUAUUGAAUAGUCAUUUGUAUAUAAGAGAUGUAUUGCUUAAAGUGAAUUAUGACACCCGUGUGGACAACGUUAACAUACUGUAAAAAUGUGCCACCCCCAAUAAUAUAACCCAUCUGUUCUCACUUGUUUACAUGUUCCUUCUUCCCCACUGUUUGCCUCACAAAGAUGGGGACAUUAGCCUACUUAACUACCAUGUGCUGUCAAUCAAAUAGCAUUAAGCCAAUCCAAUAGAGGCUUGUUGAUGAGAGGAGCGAGGACAUCUUAUUGGUAUAACUGAUCUUGCCCAUUGAGUCUCGGAAAGAAACGUCACUUCCCAAUAACUAUUACUACUUAAGUACUCCAUGCCUGCAGACUGCUUACCUUAAGAAGUGUAUGAUUAUCACAUAACACGCUAUUUUACUCAGAUCUAACGACAGACAUUUUAUAUGCACCAUCUGGUUAGAUAGUGGGUGCAAUGUUUACUGGUUGUUUUAAGGGUGUAACUGUAAUGGUGGCACUGAAUAGUGGGGGGACACUGAUGGUGCCCAUUGGAAAUGUGUGUCCUUGUAUGAUGUUUUUUUGAAAGUGUACAAAUGUGAAUAAACUUUCAGUUGCA